AUGCAACCAUGCAAAAUCAAGAGCAGCUUUGAGAUGAUGGAGGCUGCAAUAGCACAACUGUCAUCCCAGAUUUCAGGAGCAGUCUCCACCCUCAUGGACAGACAAGCACAAACUGAUAAAAAGAUAGAUGCAAAUCAAGAGGAAUACAGGUCAAAUCUGAAAAAUCAAGGCGCAGUAAUCUCAAAGUUGGAAGCACAAGUGGGGAUUUUGUCCAAACGAAUCCCACUUCCCACAUACACAUUUUCCAGCGAUACCAUGGCUAACCCAAGAGGAGAUUGCAAAGCCAUAACUCUAAGAAGUGGGAAGGUUGUAGAGAAAGGAACCCCAAGCAAAGAUAAUCAUGGAGAGGUUGCAUCAAAGCAUGGAAACGAGGAUGAAGGGGAGAUCCCGACUUCACCUCCACCAAAACCAGUCUUGAAGCCCUAUGUGCCAAAGGCACCAUACCCACAAAGACUGACAAAAGAUGAAAAGGAUGGCCAGUUCUCUAAGUUUCUAGAGAUCUUCAAGAGGCUCCAAAUCAACAUACCAUUUGCUGAGGCAUUAGAACCAAUGCCACUCUAUGCCAAGUUCUUAAAGGAGCUUAUAACCAAAAAGAGGAACUGGAAGGCAAAAGAAACCAUAGUAUUGACUGAGGAAUGUAGCACCAUCAUACAGAAGAAGUUGUCUCAAAAGCUGAAAGACCCAGGGAGUUUUCAAAUCCCCUGCAUCAUAGGGGACAUCACUAUUGAGAAAGCUUUGUGUGAUUUGGGAGCUAGCAUAAAUCUUAUGUCCCUAACCAUGAUGAGAAGGAUGAAGAUUGAGGAAACCAAGCUAACAAAAAUGGCACUCUAA